AUGUCGGAGGCCUUCUUCCACACAUGCAAACCAGCUCUAGAUGUAGACUACCUUGAAGAUGGCGAUCUUGCCUUGGUCCAGACCUUCCUGAUAAUAGCCCACUACCUCCAAGGCUCGCGAGCCCCGAAUCGAUGCUGGCACAUCAUUGGGACGGCAAUCAGGCUAGCGCAGGGCGUAGGGUUGCACUCCGAUAUUGGAGAUGAGCACCGAUCAUUUGCGGAGACUCAGAUUCGGAGACGGGUAUGGCAUGGUUGUGUCAUGCUGGAUCUGGCAGUCAGCAUCAUGCUUGGUCGACCGGUCAUGAUAUCUCAUAAGCCAUCCACGCCUCUCCCAGAUCCAAUUGACGAUCGCCACCUAGCAAUAGACUAUCCGACCUGUGAACAGCCUCCGGGUACAUUCUCCCAUGUCGAGUGGUUCAUUGCAACUCUGAAGCUAUAUGGACUUCUUCGAAAGACGUUACAUAUGCUCUACGAUAAUGAUGGGAAACAAUGCAACGGAAAUCCUGCCGAUCAAACACGGUCGGGGACGCUGACCCAGAUUCAGUAUAUUACACAGUUGGACUCAGAGCUUCAAGACUUUCGACUCGAGGUUCCAAUGCCGCUUCAUUGGGAUGUCCCAGCCUCUGAAGUGCAGCCCCAGUUCCUCAGAGAGCAGCAUUUACUAAAAGCGAGGCAAGUCAAGACAGGUCCCUUGUUCGUCAGGGUCACUAACAAGGUCUGGGCAGAUAUACCGGUUCUCUCAAAAUCAUUACACGAGAAUUUAUCCACGGGAACCGAGAGGGCAUCAUCCAGGGCUGGAAUAUGUGCAAACUUCGCUAUGGAUUGCGUGUUCUUCUGUGUUCAGUCUGCCAUUGAGCUUAUUAACUUGAUACAUGAGACUUGCAACACUGAUCUUGCCAGUGUGUGGUAUUAUAACAUUUUCUAUCUAUUCACAGCUGGUUCUAUCACGCUCCUCGCCGAGCUAUAUCCGCCCAUUGUGAGCAUUGUCACGCGCGAGACGUUGGAAAUAUCCUGGAUAAAGUGCCAGGGGGCCCUGAACUACCUAAAGUCGUACAGCAUAGUAGCAGAGCGAUGUGCUGAGAGUAUGGCGAUGAUACGAUCGAAAUGCUUGGAGGCCAUUUCUGGUAAAAACAUGUCUCUCUUCCUUGGCUCAAGGCUAAUGUAG